UUUUUUACAAUGCUUGUUGGCAUGGUCUGGCCUUGAGCCUUCCUUCUUUGCUUCAUUCAUUGAAUCAAUGGUAGCUUAGGCUUUGCUUUAGUUCAGUUUCCUUUUUUUCUACUUUGGGCUUUGUUUGUGAGAAAGAACAAAAUCAUAAUCCCAAUUAGCCUUGGGGGGGGGACCACCUUUUUCUUCUUUGGACGCUUUUCUCUUGGCAUCUUUCCUUUCACGUUUAUUCAUGUAUCUACACUACUGUUUUAAUUUAAUCCUAUUACUUAAUUACUAUACUGUAAAAGCUGUGCAUCGAGUGGGGCCUUUUAACCAUUUCUUUCCAUGUAAUUCUGCUGUAUUCAAGAUAUCGGCUAUACGCAGUGAUCCUCAAAAAAAUCAAAAGUAUUGUUAUAGGAUGAGAGUAAAUGGAUGGAUUUUGGGUUUGGCUUUACUCAAAACCAGCUUUAGGCUUUAGCCAGAGCAUUAAUUAAGAAAGAGAGGAUUUUGGGCAUGAAAACAUGGGCAACAUCCUUGGAAGGAUCCGAUGGGGAAACAGGGGUUUUAACAAAGUGGCUAAAAGUGGGAACCUUUGGAGUAAAACGGAGGGGUUCCAGUACAGUAUGUAUUUGAGUACAGUGCAGGGGCUAUGGGUGAUGGGAUUUGAACCUAGGCCGCACUAGGGUGUUGGUAUAUGCUGGUAGAUCUUUGCGUGACUUAGAGCAACAAGAAUCCCGCCACAAGCAAUCCCCAUCCGCCGUUACCCUUAUCAAGGAUAUGGCAUUGAAAUUUUCUGGAGCUUACAAGCAAUGCAAGCCUUGCACAGGCUCCAGCAGCUACAAGAAAGGAAGUCGACCAUAUCCAGAUUUUGAUGCUGCUUCAGAAGGGGUUCCUUACCCCUACAUGGGUGGAAGCUCUAGCUCAACGCCUGCAUGGGACUUUACCAGUGCCAGUCAUCAUCCAGGAAGGUCAGAUUCCAGAUUUACAGGGGCAUUCAGCGGUGACAGAACUCCUGGCUAUAGGGAGUCUUUCUCGGUCCAGGACCUGGUGUUAGAAGAUGAGGAUGAGCCCAAAGAAUGGAUGGCACAAGUGGAGCCUGGGGUUCAUAUAACUUUUGUCUCUCUCCCUAAUGGAGGAAAUGAUCUAAAACGGAUUCGAUUCAGCCGGGAGAUGUUUAACAAGUGGCAAGCGCAGCGGUGGUGGGGUGAGAAUUAUGAUAGAAUCAUGGAGCUCUACAAUGUACAGAGAUUUAAUCGUCAAGCAUUACAUACUCCCCCAAGGUCUGAGGAUGAGACGCAGAGGGAUUCGACAUACUCGAGGGUGGGAUCGGCAAUGGAAAGCCCCAUGGCUCAUUGGACGCCAAGAAACAACUAUAAGCCUUACAGUGCAGGGCCUAGUGGGUUUUGUCCGGGUGGCACAAGAGGGGAUGCAUCAUUUGAUGCUUCACGGACGACCACCUCCUCUAGAGAUGAGCCUUCUGUUUCGGUGAGCAAUGCGAGUGAGAUGGAGGCAGAAUGGGUUGAACAGGAUGAACCAGGGGUUUACAUUACCAUCAGACAGUUAGCUGAUGGCACCAGGGAACUCCGGCGUGUCAGAUUCAGCCGCGAAAGAUUUGGAGAAGUAAAUGCAAAGCAGUGGUGGGAAGAGAACAGAGAAAGGAUACAAGCACAAUACCUUUAAAUUUAUGAUAGUAUUGCACCAAAAAAAGAAAUUUAAAAUUACAAAAAGGAAGAGCAGCGGUGGAUCCAAAUGUGUUACCAGUUGGAUGUUCCCUCUCAAUUUUGGUUAUGAUAGCGGGUAAGAGUAAGACAGAUUUUACAGGGCAAUUGGGGGUUUUGUCACCUUUACUUUGUAACUGAUCUAAUAAUAUUAUGUCCUUUCACUCGAAAACUAAUCUCAGUCAAUUUUUCAUUCAUGGUGACAACCCAACUGGGUUUUGUUUCCCAGCUGCUGCUGGCCAAAUUUUUUUUUUUUUUUGUUGGUCUGCCAAUUUUUAGGGGGCUUUUAUACCACCACCUUAGAAGACCUUUUGGGUCGGGAACUACCUUCUCCGCGGUUGUUUUGUUUGUUAUUUUGUAAUACAGAACUUGAUAGUUGAAGAAAUGAAAUUCACAUUAUUGUUGUUA